AUGGUCUUGGGAGAGGCAGAAAUAAAUGUGUCACGGAGCAACCCUCGCAGACAAUGGCUGGAGAGGUCGCGGGCGCAUUUCGACACAAUGCAAGCACCCACGCGCUUUUUUGUCGCCGCACAAUCGCGCGGAUCGAUCGAUCAACACGUGCAUGUAAAUCGAGGACUUCUGGAAUUAACUCUUCGCGGCGUGAACGGAGAUGGUAAAUCGUUUUUAAUAACGCUCGAGAUAGCAUUCGGCGAUAAUGAUCUUCGAUUAGCGAUGCGCCCGCGCAAUGCGAGCUUCAAGAACGCUCAACAGACAAAUUAUAAGCGGCUACCGAUGCGAUAA